CUGGCAUAGCCAUAGUGGCGAAUGAAAGGGAAAAAAUACUUACUCUCUCCGUAUUAACCUGCGAUGUCGAGUUGAUUUUUAAUUCCCGGUGCACGCUCGAAGCUCCAUUUUUUUAAAACGGACCAGAGCGCUGAAUAUGGCCAGCAAAGUAUGGCAUACAGAAUUGUGGAAGUCAUGGGAUAAGCAUGGGAAAAAUGAUUUCCUCAAGCUAAUCAAGCACAAAUUUAAGGAAGGCAACACACCAGAAUGGAGACGCGGAUUAUACGAAUUAAUAUCAAAUGGAAUCCAUGGAAACGUAAAAAAGGACAUUGUAGUUCAGACAUUAGGUGAACUUACGAGUUUUGAUGGUUCUAUACCAUCUGCAAUAGUGGACAUAUUUACUUUAAUUGAUGCAGAAGCUCAUAAUGAAGAAAGGAGUAACUUUUAUUAUAUUGUGAAAGAGUCUGAGAAGUUUUUGACCGAUAGAAUAUUGAAAGAACGUUUAGAGAUUGAAACUUUACAAGAUGUAGGCACAUUGAAAAACAAAAAUUUUCAAACCAAGUUUAUAAAAGUAAAAACCAAGUUGUAUUAUAAACAAAGGAAAUUUAAUUUAUUUCGUGAAGAGAGUGAGGGCUAUUCCAAGCUCAUUGUAGAAUUAAAUCAAGAGCGUCCAGACAGUGAGGUGGCGUCGACAUUGGAAAUUGUUAAAUCUCUUAUUGGUUAUUUCAAUCUUGAUCCUAAUAGAGUACUCGAUAUCUUAUUAGAAACCUUUGAAAACCGACCACAAGAUGAUGCUCUAUUUAUUCCCUUAAUACGUUCAUACAUGAGCGAUCAGCAGGUACUUUGUGAAGUGUUAGGAUUCAAAUACUGCUCCACCAUAAACGCUACGCCGUUCUCGCUGCAGAAGGUUACCGCGUUAAUGCUGCAGCAUGGUGUGAUUAAACUGGAUGAUAUAUUACCUUGGCUAGUGCCAGACGAUAAAAUUAUUAUAUCAGAUCACGAGCAGGUAAUGAAGCAGGCCAAGGAAUACGUGCGGAAAUUGAGCGUGAUCUCAACAAAAGACAAAGAGGACAUUGUAGAAGAGAAGGAAAACGCACAAGACAAAUAUGCAAGCAAUCAAAAAUUUGGAUUAUGUGAAGCGCUUUUGGAAGUUGGAGCUUGGGAAGUGGCACAAAGUUUAUUCAAUCGCUUGCCGGAUUAUUGUUUUACAGAUCAACGUCCCAUAGCACUAGCAUUGUGUAAAAUGAUUCAGGCUCUUGUUGAAUCCGUAUACAGAAAGGCCGCCGAAGAAAUGACGUCUGAUCAACUCGAUGCUAUGGCAGGCGGAGAUCUGUUAAAAAAUGAGGCCGGUUACUUUAGUCAAGUCCGCAACACAAAGAAAUCUUCACAGCGUUUGAAGGAAACUCUCGCCGAGCAAGACCUCGCAGUUACUCUGUGCCUGUUAAUGGCGCAACAGAAACAUUGCGUUGUUUACAGAGAGACGGAUAAAUCUCAUUUAAAACUCGUUGGCAAGUUGUACGAUCAAUGCCAGGAUACGCUCGUGCAAUUUGGGACUUUCUUGGGUUCGACUAUGACAGUAGACGAGUAUGUGGAGCGACUACCGUCGAUCCAUUCUAUGCUUCAGGACAAUCACAUACAUGCAGACGUCGCAUUUUUUUUGGCACGGCCAAUGUUUGCGCAUGCCAUAAAUAUAAAAUAUGACGCUCUCCGUAAAGCUGAUCCGAAUUAUAAGAAAAUGUCCACGGCUAUGAAGCAAUUAAAAUACGCGGAAGCUGCGCAAACCGUUAUGGCACCUGUUGCUCAGUCUGUCAGACCGUUGCACCCUUUAAAAGUUUGGGAGGAUAUAUCGCCGCAAUUCUUAGUUACGUUUUGGUCUCUGUCGAUGUAUGAUUUAUACGUACCGGUGGAGAGCUAUCAAAGAGAAGUCGGCAAGUUGAAGCAACUUGCAGUUCAAACUGUUGAUUCCAAAGAUAUGAAUAUAAGUAAAGGAAAGAAGGAACAAGAAAGAUAUACCACUCUUAUUGAAAAGCUACAGGACGAAAAAAGGAAACAAGAAGAACAUGUCGAAAAAGUUUUUGCAUACCUGAGACAAGAAAAGGAUACAUGGUUUUUGUCACGAAGCGCUAAAUCGGCGAAAAACGAAACGAUAACACAGUUUCUACAGUUGUGCCUAUUCCCGCGGUGUACAUUUACAACUGUAGAUGCCAUGUACUGUGCGAAAUUUGUACAUCCCAUCCACUCCCUGAAGACUGCAAAUUUUUCAACUCUGCUUUGUUAUGAUCGUCUUUUCUGUGAUAUUACAUAUUCAGUUACUUCAUGCACAGAGAAUGAAGCAAAUCGAUAUGGCAGAUUUUUAUGCGCCAUGCUGGAAACUGUGAUGAGAUGGCAUUCCGAAAAAGCCAUAUUUGAUAAAGAAUGCAGUAAUUAUCCUGGUUUCGUGACCAAGUUUCGUGUAAGCAAUCAAUUUUCUGAAGCGAAUGAUAUGGUCGGAUUUGAAAAUUAUAGACAUGUGUGUCACAAGUGGCACUAUAAAAUCACAAAGGCUAUUGUAGUGUGUCUAGAUUCGAAGGAUUAUGUGCAAAUAAGGAAUUCUUUAAUAAUAUUGAUCAAGAUAUUGCCUCAUUUUCCUGUUUUGGCGAAACUCUCUCAGAUCCUCGAACGUAAAGUAGAGAAAGUAAGAGAGGAAGAACGUGGUCAACGUCAAGAUUUGCACGUCUUAGGCGCAGCUGCUAAAACACAAGACACAACGAAUAAUGAAACAAGUGAAAAAGUCAGCAAUGGAGUAACGGUGAAAGAAAAUAAUAAUGGAGAUACUCGGUCAGAAAAGGAAAACAAGGAACAACGAGAAAAACGAAGUUCCUCCAGUCAAACGCAUCAUGAAAACUCUGAAAAGUUUAGAAAGAAAGAAGACAGUAAGGAUGUUUCAGAAGUAAAAGAAAAAUAUGUAAAAAAAGAAGAAAUAAAAGAUGAUGAGGGAUUAGAUAAAAAGGAUCGCAAAUAUUAUAAGGAAGAGCACUAUUAUAGCAGUAGUGUAGACAAUUUAGACCGGGAUCUUUCAAGUGUGUCAAAUAGCAGUGCUAGUUCAGGUCCCAUACAAGAAGGUCCUGAAAGAGUUUCAGAUGUAAAAAGAAGAAAAAUAGAGAGCACUCAAAAGGUACCUAUAUUUCUUGAUAAGAAAGAACGUUCCAGUAAAGGAAAAGCACGUGAUGAACAGAAAGAGCUGCGUAGAGAAAAGAAACAGGGUCGGAAAAGGGAUCGGGCAGAGGAAUCCAUAGCAACUACUGAACAGAAACGGAGAAAAGAUGAUGAAAGAGCCAAAAGUACGCAUCAAAACGGUGACAUUCCUGAACAUAGAGAAAAGCAUCAUUACAGUAAGGAAAAAUCUCCAUACUCAAAGGAUCGUCCUCAUGAACGCGAAGGACGUGAAAGUCGUGAUAAACACAGAAGGAGUUCAGAUCCGAAACGAAGAUGAUGUACAACAACGGAAAGGAGCUCGACUUAACAUUUUCUAUGCUAUGAUUUGAUGUUGCAUGUAAUAAACGUAGAAUUCAAAAUAAAGCAAAAGGAUAAUCAAUAA